AUGGAGUUCAAUGCAUGUCAAACAAAUGAGAUUUCGGACCCUUUAGACAUUGAGUUUUAUUCUGAUCGAUCCCGUACUCCCAGCCCUUCGCCCGUGUUAACAACAAAUGUAUGUUGUGACUUGGAAGACAUAUUGAGCGACGCCAUCACAGAUUCUCUCCAAAGCUCUGUUAGGUUGAAUAAUAGUGAGUUAACGAACCAGGAGCUGACGAUCCGACCGGAAGCUAACAUUGAAUUCAACAUUCCGGAAGGGUUAGAUCUCUUCAAAGUGAUAUUUGAGGUUGAGAGUGAUACAGAUAUUCCGAUACCAACAAGAAUGGGUGAUGUUGAGGGAGCAUCUGUCCAAAAUCACCCACUAAAAGACCAGGAGUCGUGUCGACAUGUGGGCGGGUCAAAGUUCUACGAAGUGGUGGAUGGCGAAGGUGACACUUGCUCCCCAACAGAGAAGCAGGACCACAUGAAACCCAUUGAGAGUGAUGAUGAAGUAUCAGACGUGGACCAGGAAUGCACGGUUUUCUGUGGGGUCAGCUACUUGGGGGCCCAGAACAUAGCUGACCCCAAGUCUGAAACUGACAUACAGAGGAUCAUGAAGGAGCUGAGUUCUAUGCCAGAGAACAGAGAUGGUAUAGCUGUCUCCAUAUCUAUACCGGUCUGCUCACAGGGAUUGGUCGUGUUAUACCAAGCGGAUACAAACAGCGUCAUGACUCGCUACGCAGUGAACCGGAUAUCAUUCUACGCGCGCGGCGCCGCCGGUUCGCCAGUAGCUUCCUGCUUUGCAUUCACCUGGUCUCAUGGAGAGACGAAGGAAUCAGCUGUAUACCGCUGCCAUGUAUUCAGAUGUCACAUCGCGGAAGCAGCUAAUAUAUAA